AUGUGCGUGCUCCUCCCGGCGUGGCUGUGCCUGCUGCUCGGCCUGCUGCCUGUGGAGAUCCAGUCCCGGGCCCUGUCCGCGCAGAGAGCUCCCAGACACAGGUUUAACUUACCCAGAACCUCCAAAUACCCAAAGCCUGUUUACCCCGCCGCCGUGGCGGCCGUGCCGGACGUCCCCGUCGAGCUCGAUAAUGCGAUCGCCCAGGAAGGCCGACACAUCAUCUGGAGGGCCCCGCCGGCGCACAAAGAGCCCCCCAGGCAGCCGUCAGGCCCGCCGCUCCACAGGCGCUACAACGCGCUCCCGGAGGCGCCGGUCCGGCCGCGGGGGUCCCGGGGUCGUCGCCACGCCAACGGCGGAGGCGGGAGAGGCCACGGCCACCUGAUGAGGGUGGGGUGCGUCCUCGGCACCUGCCAGGUUCAGAACCUCAGCCACCGCCUCUACCAGCUGAUCGGACAGAGCGGGAGGGAGGACUCGUCGCCCAUCAACCCCCGCAGCCCCCACAGCUAUGGCUGA